UUGAAUUCUUAAAGACACACUACAUCAAGUUUUUCAGGGAACCGUUAACAUUCCUUUACUCCAUUAAAGUACUAUCGUAUCUUUCUUUAACUCUAUAUAGAAAAAUGGUAAGGUUUUUAUCGAUAUACAAAACCUUCUUGCGUGGCGCACUGAAACUAGUCGGGAUGACGACUCAAGCAGUCGAGAUCGAGCCAGGGACGGUCUUGAACUUCUGGCUUCCAACAGAUACAACUAACAACAAGCCAACUCUGGUGUUUCUUCACGGGUUUGGAUUCGAUGGUAUUCUAACUUGGCAAUUUCAGGUGCUAGCCUUGGUCAAAACGUAUGCAGUCUACGUUCCGGAUUUUCUCUUCUUUGGCGGCUCGUUCACGGACCGACCUGAGCGGACAGUGGAGUUUCAAAGUGAGUGUAUGGCUAGGGGACUGAGGAAACUCGGCGUGGAGAAGUGCACCUUGGUUGGGCUCAGCUAUGGCGGGAUGGUGGCGUUCAAAAUGGCUGAGAUGUACCCUGACUUGGUUGAAUCGAUGGUGGUGACUUGCUCAGUCAUGGCGUUAACAGAGUCUGUCAGCAAUGCUGCGCUUCAGAGAAUCGGUUUCUCUAGCUGGCCGGAUUACUUGCUUCCUAAAACGGCCGACGGUACGAAGACUCUCCUUGACAUCGCCACUUACAAUCUGCCAAGACUUCCCCAAUUCAUUUACAAAGAAAUUUUGGAGAUGAUUUCUAUCUACAGAAAGGAGAAAACUGAACUUCUAGAGGCUCUGGUCAUAAGUGAUAGGGAAUUUACUAUCCCUCGUUAUCCACAGAAGGUAUAUCUCUUGUGGGGUGAAAAUGAUUUGAUUUUCGAUAUGGAAACUGCCCGGAAUUUGAAAGAACAAGUUGGACAGAAAGCAACAUUGAAGGCAAUAGAGAAGGCAGGUCAUCUUGUUAACCUGGAACGACCAUGCGUUUACAACAGGGAGCUCAAGAGAAUUCUUGCCUCUGCUCAACAAAGCUAGUGGAAAUUCUUGCAUUUCUGGUGUUGAUCGAUGA